AUGAAAGAGUUAUACAGGCCUCCAGAAGUUCCUAAAACAAUCAAAAGCAUUAGGUUUCAUCUCGCAACAGAAUCUGACGUUGAACGAAUCGCUCAUGUCCAGGUUUUAAAGUGCCUUCUUUAUAAGGAAGACCAAAGCGGUAGAAAAGCGCUUGAGUAUGGCUUGCUUGAUCCAAGACUUGGCGCUACUAAACGUAACGAACUUUGUGAGACCUGUGGGCUUGAUCACCAAACAUGUAUUGGUCACUGGGGUUAUUUUGAUCUGCCUGUUCCUGUCUAUCAUGUUGGUUAUCUUUGGCAUAUUGUAAAGAUUCUUCAAUGUAUUUGCAAGAAUUGCUCGAGGGUACUUAUACCUGAACAAAUUAGGAGCCGUUACUUAGCAAGCUGUUCCAACCCAAACCUGGAGUAUGUUCAAAAGAAAAUGCUGCGAAAAGUACUUCAUAAACUUGCAAAUAGAACUGUGGUUUGUCCGUUCUGUAAUACGAUCAAUGGCACGGUAAAGAGAGGGGCUGGUCUCUCAUAUAUCAUCCACGACUUAUCAAAAAAUCUCUCAAAGAACAUUGACGAGCAUGUCGAGAAGUUUGCAAAUGCAACCGAAGCUAGUUCAGAUAUUUGCAACUUGGCCCGAAAGUGUGUUGAGGCAAUAAGGCCUUCUAAGGCUUUGCAACUUUUCUCCAGAAUUCCUACCCAGGAUCUCCCAUUACUCAUGAUGCCUUUGGGUUAUGAAUGGAUUUCCCAUCCUCGAAAUCUAAUACUAGAACGUAUUCCUGUUCCUCCUAAUGCAAUUAGGCCUUCUGUUAUCUCCGAAGUGAAAAGUGGAACAAAUGAAGAUGAUUUAACUCAGAUGUACCAGUGGAUUUUGGCGCAAGCUGCGACGCUGGAAGAGGAUAUUUCGGAACCGGACCAAAUUGCUUGCUUGGAUAAUCUUCAUGCAGAGGUUGCGCGCUUAAUUAACUCACAGCACUCCGGCUUGCCGCCAGUUCAAGAUCAUAAAUUUAUGCGUGGUCUUCUCCAGCGUUUGUCUGGUAAACAUGGUCGAUUCCGAGGUAAUUUGUUGGGAAAGCGAACCAAUUACACUGCUCGCACUGUCAUCUCUCCAGACCCAAAUCUUCGUAUUGAUGAGGUUUGCAUUCCAGAGUACUGCGCGAAACUUCUAACUUACCCAGAACGGGUAACGCAAUUUAACUUAGAUUUCCUACGACGACUGGUUCUUAAUGGACCUUACAAACAUCCUGGAGCAUUAUUUGUUAGGUAUCGCUCUCAUACCACUGGGCCAGAAAAAUCUGGAAAAGAUUCCGAUGUGGUGAAGAAGUACUUGGCCAGUGUCAAGAUUCGCGACAACGUGUCCAAAAGUUUACGUGUCGGAGAUGUGGUUGAUAGACAUCUCAUUGACGGAGACAUUGUUCUUUUCAAUCGACAGCCAUCUCUUCAUCGUGUCUCCAUACAAGCCUUUAAAGCUGUCGUGAAGCCGAACCGAACAUUUCGCUUCAAUCCCUGUUGCUGCACCCCAUUCAACGCCGAUUUCGACGGUGAUGAAAUGAAUAUUCACCUGCCUCAGUCUGAGGAAGCUCGUGCUGAGGCUAAACAUCUAAUGCUGUCUCUUAGGAAUAUUGCAAGUCCAAAGAACGGGGAGCCUUUGAUCUCACCAAUCCAAGAUUUAAUCACAGCCACUCACCUGCUCACCUUAAAGGAUGUCUUCUUCACCCACGAUCAGGCCUGCCAGAUAACGUGCCAGCUCGCUGCGGGCUCACAUAUUGGUUGUGACUUCCAGUUACCUCCACCAGCGAUACUUUGGCCCACUCGGCUGUGGACCGGAAAGCAGAUUUUUAGUUUGAUUCUAUCACCUCAUCCCUCUAAUGAGGUGAAAAUUAACCUCCGAUUGCCAACAAAGUCAAUAUACUCAGGAAGUAAAGAAGAACUCUGCCCCAACGAUGUUGUCGUGAUUUACAACAGCGAAUUAAUGGCCGGGUGUAUGGACAAAAAACUUUUGGGUGGUGGUAGUAAAUCGAGUAUUUUCUACUCAAUUUUGCGUGAUUUCGGUGGCAAAGCCUGUGCAGAUGCCAUGUGGCGUCUCUCUCGCAUUGGGCUCUUUUACCUCUCGCACCGCGGUUUCUCCAUUGGCAUCGGGGAUGUCACUCCUGAUAGCAACCUGACGGCUGCUAAAAGUAAACUUAUUAGCCAAGGCUUCGCGAAAUGUGACUCCUACAUUCGGCAGUAUGAGAAUAACGCACUCGUGUGUAACCCCGGUUGUAGCAUGGAAGACACUUUAGAAGUAAGUUUUAAGUGA